AUGGUCAAUAUUUCAUCGUUGAUUAGACACUCUGGCAUUUGGAACGACGAUAAUAAAUACGUCAAUUACAAAAUUGAUGUUGUGACUUUCAAGGAGUAUUCGACGUAUGAGGAAUUGUUACAAACAGUUGCAACCCAAUUGAAUUUGGACAAGCAGAGGAAAAACAUAAACAUAAAAUACAUGGUUGAAUGUGAUGAUAUUCCAAUGGAAAUUCCCAAUGAUAUGGGUGUUAGGGUGUAUGUGGAAUUGAAGAAAGAGAACAAAGCGUUACCAAUGUACCCAUUAUGUAUAAUUACAACUGAUAGAAGCAUGGAGAUAUGUAUAUCAGGUGAGAGUUGUGUUGAAGGUGAUUAUUUGCAAAUCGGAUAUACGAAUCAAACGAAUGUAAUGGAAACAGUUGGUUCCCGUGAUUUUGCAUCAUCAAGUUGUAGAAAGGCUGAUUUGUUAUUCGAAAACAACAAGGGUAUGUUUAUUGAUGACAAGAACCAAAAAGUAGUUGUCGUCGAUCAAGUAUACAAGGAUAAAGAUACAUUAAAAGCUGUGAUGGUGAUUUAUGCAAUUACAAACAGGUUCAACUAUCGUACAGAAAGGUGUAAUGCAAUAAGCUACAUACUUGUGUGUGUAUCAGGAGAGUGUGGUUGGAAAUUCAAGUCGUCAAGUGUAGGUAAGUCAAGAUUCUUUAGAGUUAGAGAGUUUCAAGACAAACAUACAUGCCUGUUAAAGGAAAAUGAUUAUUCCCAAUGCCAAGCUACAAGUCGGUUGGUAAGUGGGAUUGUCAAACCAAAAGUAGCAAACCAUAAGAGGAAAUAUACGCCUAAAGACAUUGCGGAGGACGUCAAAAAUGAUUUUGGCAUGGAUGUUUCAUACAUGGUUGCUUGGCGGGCCAAAGAAAAGGCGAUGAAAGAUUUAAUUGGUGAACCGGCUGAAUCUUAUAAAAGAUUACCUGGAUAUCUAUACAUCUUUGAUAAGACUUACCCGGGUUCACAUAUCAAAAUGCGUAAAACCCGCAAAAAAGAAUUCUUGUAUGUUUUUAUAGCAUUGUAUGCAUUUAUCAAAGGCUUUGAUUAUUGUCGGCCAAUUGCGGUAGUUGACGGAAGCCACUUAAAAACACCGUACAAUGGAACAUUUGUCUCAACAAGCACAUUAGACGGUGCGGGCAACAUAGUUCCCUUAGCAUAUGGUGUGAUUGAUUAUGAGAAUGAUAGAUCCUGGACGUGGUUUUUCGAGCAUUUCAUAGAAACAUAUGGAAUUAGAGAGAAUGUAUACACGCAGGAUGAAUUUGAUGAGUUGAUGGGGAAGGUUCAAAAGGUAGAUAUGCUCGUGGCAGAGUAUUUGGAAUCGGCUGGUAGAGACAAGUGGGCUAAAUUGUAUGUAUCUGUUAACCGAUGGUGGACAGUGACUUCUAACAUAGCAGAGUGGAUUAACCAACAUCUUCUAGCAGCUAGAGAACUGCCUAUAUAUAACUUUCUCGAAGAAGUAGAACCAUCAACCGAAUUUGUGUACACAGUACAUGAUGGAGGAAGGCGAUUCAUUCUUAAUUUGAAUAGCAAAACUUGCAGUUGUCGUAUGUUUCAACUAGAUGAAAUCCCCUGCCUGCAUGCAUGGGCUGUCAUUAAGAAGAAAAAUCUAUUUUCUGAUGAUUAUUGCUCUGAUUUGUUCAAACCGGAGACCGUGUUGAAGACAUAUGAUAUACCUGUGGAUCCUCUACCCGACGAGCGUGAAUGGAACAUUCCCAAAUACAUCUUGGAGAAUGUGGUUUUGCCAUCAAGAUACAAGAGACCGCCUGGUAGGCCAAAGAAGAGGCGUGAUAAGCCUUUAAGUAAAUUAUUGUUUGGAAAGAACAGACAUGCUUGCUGUACUUGUGGACAACUUGGACACAACAGACGUUCAUGCAGUUUUGAGUCUCGAAGGAAGUGA